CCAUCCUCUGCGCCCGGACGCUGGUGGCUCAGACUCUCCACGGAGGCUGCGAUGGAGGCAGGAUGAAACUGAUUGGGUGUUUUUCGGAGGAAAGUGCCUCUGGGUUGUCGUCACCUGGUGGUUUUCUGGGGUGUUUAAUCACUAGAAGCAUAUAUUUGAGCAAAAAGAAGGAGUGCGUUACAAUUUUAUCGAUGCCCGAGGAUUAUGGACCAUUACAAUAACGACCGGCUGUGGAUAAACUGCCCGUUUACUCUUUGUUCAUCUUCGUGGGUUUUCUCUUUAUUUACUAUCUCUACACGUUUUCAACGGACAUUUGCUCACCCCCCCUCCUCCCCAAAAAAAGAAAAGAAAAUGUUGAAUUUAGCGCUUACGCGACGUGAAGGAUGUUCGUGGCACUGUGUCAUUUUUUUGUCGCCGCACAUGAAGGUGUGAAAGGUGGACAAACCUGUGGACAGGCGCCGUUUUCGGAGCAGACAGUAUGAUGCGAUAUUUUGACAUAAACGUUAUUUUUUGUGUUACGCUCUAUUGCGCAUGCCUAGUUGUUGAUAUUGAACGCUGCCCGACGCCACUUCGCUCCGUCCUGGCCGUGAUGUAGGAGCAAAAGUGAAAAGGGGAGCGGAGGACUAAAAUAAUGCGUUGGCAAAGUGGCAACGUGGAGCCAAAAGGAUUUGACUUUAGAUCCUUCACGAAAUAGAUUGUGCCAUAAACUGAAGAAUGUCAGGGACACCAAAUGCAGAUGCUGAAGGAGUAGUCUCCAAAGUACAAGUCAAAAAGGAGAUCAAGACAAUCGUGGAGAAUUUGGAAACCAUCCUGGGAGACCUCAAGGAUGUAGCCAAAGAGCUUAAAGAGGUUGUUCAUGACAUUGACACCCUGACUUGUGAUCUGCAACUGGAGGAGGACGGCUUGACAGACAGCUCUAAGACAGACACGCUCAACUCCAGCUCCAGUUCCACCACCACCACUACCACUGCUUCCAGCUUGGAGAAGAUGAAGCUUUUCCCCGAUGACUGCAUCUUCAAACUACCUGCACCCAUCGCCCCGGCCCCUGUCAACCCUCCUGCAGUCCUGACUGUGCUCAAGAAACCUCACCCACCCCUUCCGCCCCCCAGACUUACCCCACUAAGAGCCGAGGAUCACAACAUAAAGAAUCUGCCUCAUCCAACGUUAGUGUUAUCAGGGAAUUUAUCCAAGGCAUCCGGGUCUCUAAUGAGGAAUGGUGGGGUUUUUUCAUUGAAAGCAAACAGGGAUUUAUUCUCCUCCACGCCUUGUUUCAUUUCUAGUGACAGUGGAAUCCCUGAGUCGGGUCUUGUUCCUACAUUACCCAGGCCCAUGCCCCUUCUCCGCCAUGAAAAGAGUAAAUGCCCCAAGGACCCUGGCAGGGAAUCUCGUGAGAGAGAGCGUGUCCGUUUCAGUGAGAAGGUCCAGUACCAUGGCUACUGCCCAGACUGUGACCUCCAAUAUGAUGUAGACGACACAGAACUACACUUACAGGCUGAGCUAAAUGACUUGAGGCUAAGCCCAGUGCAUUGCUGCUCUCCCCCCUCCCCUCCUCUUCCACAUGCUCUUCCUCAUGAACUAAUGUUGGAAAACGGCGGUCUCUCAGUGAGCCACAGUUUCCCACCAACAACAAACACUCCUCCACCUUGUGUGCCUCCUCACCCGCCUUCCCUCAAGCCCCAGAAAACAAUCCUACGCAAAUCAACAACUACCACGGUUUGACGCCGAACCCCUUGUUCUGUCUAACUUAAACAUUGUUGAAUCAUUCAUAGUGUUUUCUACUUUAUGAGCGCUUUCUACUCCAGCUGAACUUUGGAUUAUCCAAACAGAGAGAGGAAGGGCUGGGAAAUAGGAAACAAAAGGAUGGAUAAAGUGAGUGGAACAGAGAGAAAGGCACUGCCAUGGGCUCUGAGACGUACACAUAGAGAUCCGGAAGAACUGGGCCCAUUGAGAUACAAGUGGACGGGAUACUUGUUUCAUACACUGAUCUGAUCCACGACCCUGGUUGAUCACUGAAGAAGGAGCCAGAGCCGAGGCCAAGCUUCAAUUUUCAAUUUUCUUUUUUUUAACAUAAAACGCUAAUGGCUCUUAACCGCCAGGAGACAAGAUCAUCUAGACAAAUUCAUACUUUGACUUUUGAGCACUGAACGACCUCCAGGCACAUUUGUGCCAGGGCAAUGCUACUGUGAAACUGGGGAAAGAGGAAGGGCAGUCACUGUAUGUACGUGCAUACAUAUUGAUGAGUUUAUAGAUGUGGAGGUGAUAUUUUUGUUACACAGGACACGUUUAGAAUGCUGUUGAAACCCUAUAAUCAAAAGUAAAGAGGCAAGUUUAGACGAAGAGGUACCAGAUGGGGUUAAAUGAUGUCAGCCAGCAUUUGAUUGAUGUCUACACAGACUUUUGGUCUGUGCAUACUCAGAUGGAAAUCAAUAACUCCACUCAACCGAUGGAAUUAGCCUUUUAAGAAUCGUAAUUGUUUGUGUCUGGAGUGCCCGACAGAUCUGCCUGUGAGCAAAACGCUGCUCUGCUGGACUGCAGAUAAGGAGAAAAUAUUUUGUCAGUAUGCACAAUCACAGUGUAUUUUUGGAAAGACUAAUGGUUUGUAAUGAAUGAUGAUGUGGUCACUGAUCUGUGUCCAGACAUUAAGUUCAUUGUACAUCAAAUCUAUGUGCUCAACUGGUGCCAUGAAAGCUAUGUUUUGUUUUUUUCAUGAUAACAUGCAGAGAUUCGGUAUUGUGGCAUAGUUACAGCUUUAAAGGAUCCUUGAAGAAGUAAUAAUUUGCAUCAAAUUUUCUUUGUAUACAAAUAUACAUGUACAUGUUUGAUAUCUAUAUAUUUCAGACAUUUUUCUACAGAGACUUUAACAUUUAAAGAGAUGAUAUUUUUGAUAUUGUGUUAGAUGACUGAGAGGUACUUUGACGAAAGCUGACAUUCCCUUGAGGUAUAUGUUUUUCAGCAGAGCAUAGCAGGAUGAGUUAUUUAUAUAUAGCAACAGGAUGGUGUUUGUAUGGAUGAACACCAAGUGCUUCAGUAUUAUCACUUUAAGAGACUAUACAGAUGAGCUGUAUUGUGAGAAAGAAAAUGUAAAGUGGAGAAGACAAAUGGCGUUAACCAAAUACCUAGUUGUGCUUUAUCAGACUGGAGGCAUGGGGCUGAAUGAAUGCAUGACUGACUCUUCACUUUGUCCUGCCAUCACUGUGUUUUUCUAUGCAUUUCUGUGGAGAGGCUGUCUGUUGGUGGGUCAAACACACAGGGUGCUCUGCUGUCCAUAAUAUAUAAUAUAAGAAAGAUUCCCUCUCAUUUCCUCAUAUGAUGUGAAUCGGGUUAUUUCUGUAGCCACUAUAAAGCUGACAAAUGUCCUAGUUUUUAUCACAUUGCUUAAGCCGGGGUUUUCAAAGUCUGACACCAGGAUGUCUAUGGAUCGUGAUAAUGCCAUACACACUGAAAAACAGAGCCAAAAUAGUCUCAUAUGGCUGUUUGACAUCUUUUCUGAUUAUUAAGUUUCGAGAAGAUACACUUUAUCUAUUAAGAAUAAAUCACAUUGUUACAAUCGUUUCAUGAGAAAAGG